AUGACGUCGUCCACCCAAGCUGAGGGCGACACAACUCCCUUUGUUACUAUUGAGAAGAUCCGUGAUGAUCUUCAUUCCCUUGCAGGCAUCAAGGCGCGCCGUCUGCUUGUGGCCAACCGUGGUGAAAUUGCUAUCCGAAUCAUGCGCUCUGCCUAUGAGCUGGGUAUGGAGACAGUAGCCAUUUACAGUGAAGAGGACCGCCUCUCGGCGCACCGUCACAAGGCCGAUAUGGCAUUUCAAGUCGGCAAGGGCAUGGCCCCGGUGGCUGCGUACUUGGCCAUUGACGAUAUUGUGCGUAUUGCCAAGGAGAACGAUGUGGACUUGAUCCACCCUGGCUACGGUUUCUUGGCUGAGAACCCUGAAUUUGCUCGUAAGGUAGAAGAGGCCGGGAUGGCCUUUGUCGGUCCCAAGCCAGAGACUAUCGAUGCGCUGGGUGACAAGACCAAGGCGCGUGAUCUUGCGCGUCGUGCUAAUGUGCCAAUUGUGCCUGGUACGCCUGGCCCUAUUGCGAAUUACCAGGAGGCUGAAUCGUUCAUUAAGGAUGUGGGUUUCCCGGUGAUCAUCAAGGCGGCUAUGGGUGGUGGUGGCCGUGGUAUGCGUGUGGUACGCAGCCAUGAGGAAUUCCAUGACGCAUUCGACCGUGCGGUGUCGGAAGCUCGCUCGGCAUUCGGUGACCCCACCGUGUUCAUUGAGCGGUUCCUCGACAAGCCGCGUCACAUUGAAGUACAGCUGCUGGCUGAUGGCCAAGGCCACUGCAUGCACCUGUUUGAGCGUGAUUGCUCGGUGCAGCGCCGUCACCAAAAGGUCGUGGAGAUUGCGCCGGCCAGUGGACUGGAUGACAAUGUGCGUCAAGCGAUCUGGAAGGAUGCUGUGAAGCUCGCAGAGACCGCUGGCUACCGCAAUGCAGGUACAGCGGAGUUCCUGGUUGACCAGCAAAAUCGCCACUACUUUAUUGAAAUUAACCCGCGUUUGCAGGUCGAGCAUACGAUUACAGAGGAAGUGACGGGUGUGGAUAUCGUCAGCGCGCAAAUUCAAAUUGCAAGCGGCCGCACACUGAGCGAUCUAGGUCUGUCGCAGGACACGGUCAAAGUGCGUGGCUCGGCCAUCCAGUGCCGUAUUACGACGGAGGACCCGGAAGCCAGCUUCCAGCCGGAUACUGGCCGUUUGGAAGUGUACUACCCGGCGGGCGGCAACGGUGUGCGUCUGGAUGCUGGCUCAGGCUUCGUGGGUGCGCAGAUCACGCCGCACUUUGACUCGUUGCUCGUCAAGGUGACGUGCCGUGCUGCGACGUACGAGCUUGCGCGUCGCAAGACGCUGCGUGCGCUGAUCGAGUACCGUAUUCGUGGCGUGAAGACCAACAUUCCCUACUUGCUCAACCUGCUGACCCACCCUCACUUUAUUGAGGCCAAGACGUGGACAACGAUGGUUGACGAUACGCCUGAGCUCUUCAACUUGUGGCACUCGAGCAACCGUGCCAUGAAGGUGCUGCACUACCUCGGCAAUCUGCUGGUCAAUGGCAGCUCGAUCAAGGGUCAGAUGGGCGAGCCUGGUCUGCGCACGGAGGUCCCCGUGCCGGACGUGUUUGACGGCGAGAAGCGGAUCGACACGAACCAGUCGUGCCUGCACGGCUGGCGUAACAUCAUUGUGAACGAAGGCCCGGAGGCGUUUGCCAAAGCCGUGCGUGGCUACAAGGGUACGCUGAUUAUGGACACGACAUGGCGUGAUGCGCACCAGAGUUUGUUUGCCACGCGUCUGCGUACCAUUGAGAUGGCUAACAUUGCCAAGGCUACGUCGCAUGUGUUGCAGAAUGCGUACAGUCUGGAAUGCUGGGGUGGUGCGACAUUCGAUGUCUCGAUGCGUUUCCUGUACGAGGAUCCGUGGGCGCGCCUGCGUGAGCUUCGUGCGUUGGUGCCCAACAUUCCCUUCCAGGCGCUGAUCCGUGGCGCAAAUGCCGUGGGCUACACGUCGUACCCUGACAAUGCGAUUUACGAGUUUAGCAAGCGCGCUGUGGAGAAUGGUCUGGACAUUUUCCGUGUAUUUGACUCCCUGAACAACUUGGAAUCGCUCAAGCUUGGUAUGGACGCUGCCAAGGUCGCUGGCGGUGUGGUCGAAGGUACCGUGUGCUACACGGGCGAUGUGGCCAACCCCAAGCGUCACCCGAAGUACACGCUCGACUACUACAUGCACCUCGUCGACGAGCUGGUGGCUACAGGCAACCUGCAUGUCCUCGGUAUCAAGGACAUGGCCGGCCUGCUUAAGCCAGCCUCGGCGCGUUUGCUCAUUGGCAGCAUCCGUGCAAAGUACCCGGACCUGCCGAUCCACGUACACUCCCACGACACGGCGGGCAUUGCCGUGGCAAGCAUGCUGGCGUGUGCCGAGGCCGGUGCGGAUGUGGUGGACUGUGCGAUCGACAGCAUGUCAGGCACGACGUCGCAGCCAUCGAUGGGUGCGUUGGUCGAUGCGCUGGAGCAGUUGGAGCUGGGCACCGGCAUCUCGCACGAGAACAUUCAGCGUCUCAACCUGUACUGGUCGCAGGUGCGUCAGCUGUACGAGUGCUUUGAGCAGAACGUCAAGUCGUCUGACUCGUCGGUGUUUGACCACGAGAUGCCUGGUGGUCAAUACACCAACUUGAUGUUCCAGUCGCAGCAGCUGGGUCUGGGCUCGCAAUGGGCCGAGAUCAAGACGGCGUACAUGCAGGCCAACAUGCUGUGUGGGGACAUUGUGAAGGUCACGCCGUCGUCCAAGGUGGUCGGUGACUUGGCGCAGUUUAUGGUUGCCAACAAGCUCUCGCCUGAAGAUGUGGAAGCGAAGGCCGCUGAGCUCGACUUCCCUGUGUCGGUGGUGGAGUUCUUCCAGGGCUACCUCGGCACGCCGCCGGGUGGUUUCCCGGAGCCCUUGCGCUCGCACAUCAUCCGCGGCAAGGAGCGUGUCGACCAGCGCCGCGGCGCUACGUUGCCGCCUAUGGACUUUAAGAAGAUCCGCGCCGAUCUCACGAAGAAGUUUGGCCGUCCGAUGACCGAGUGCGAUGCCGUGAGCUGGGCGAUGUACCCGAAGGUCUUUGAAGAGUUCCAGACAUUUAUCUCGACCUAUGGCGACCUGAGCCACAUGCCGACGCGCCACUUUUUGGGCAAGCCUCGAGUGGGUGAAGAGAUGUUUAUCCCCAUUGAGAAGGGCAAAGUCCUCAGCGUGAAGCUUAUGGGUAUGAGCGAGCUGCAUGAAGCGACAGGCACGCGUGAAGUGUUCUUUGAAGUGCACGCUUCGCCUCGCUGCAUUACGGUCAAGGACCACAGCGCCAAGGUCGAAGAGGUACACCACGAAAAAGCCACCUCGGAGCCUGGCAGCAUCGGUGCGCCUCUCGCUGGCGUUGUCGUUGAGAUCAAGGCGGAAGAGGGUGCGCAGGUGAAGAAGGGCGAGGCGCUCUUCGUCAUGAGUGCGAUGAAGAUGGAGACGAUUGUUUCUGCGCCGCUAGAUGGUAAGGUCAAGCGGCUGGCUGUGAAGCCCAACGAUUCGCUUUCGCAGGGCGACCUGCUUUGCGAGAUUGAAACGGCCUAG